UUCCAUAACCCCGUGAAAAUACAGAUGGGUGACUAGGGUCUAAAUACCCUGGUUGAUUUUCGGAGACCCCUAAGUAAUGCAUUUGGGUGAAAGGAAAUACAGGACAGAGGAAAGUUCUAGUGGCAUGGCUUGGAUUGUGAGAGCUAUUCACAUAUUCAACUGGCUGAGGAAUAAGUUGACCUAUUUUCAAGAAAUACUUUCUUUUAAAUAAGUUAGAGUUAUGAAACCAAUUCAUUCCAGAAAGAUGUGUACAUAUAUAAGAGAUGAUGAAUUAGAGAAAUGAUUGUGAAACCACUGAUAAGAAUUAUCUAGAGAUUUUGCAAAUUUCAUUGAACUUUGAUAUUUACUUAGUGACAUCAGCUUACUUAGCUAAAUUGUAGUGUACUGAAAUUUAGAGUCACACUUAGAAACUGCUAAUGAAGCUGAUUUUAAACAGCAUUACUGGAAUAUGUGUCUUUAUACAUCAUUGGGAAGGAACACCUAAUAUGCUGUUUGUAAUCAAUGUCCUCCUCACCUUGUGGGUGUCUUGUGCUGAGGGACAAGUGAAACCUUGUGAUUUUCCAGAAAUAAAAAAUGGAUAUCUACAUUAUCAAGAUUAUUAUAGACCAUACUUUCCAGUAGAGCUAGGAAAAUAUUACUACUACUACUGUAAUAGUGGUUUUGUGACUCCUGAAGAACGCUCUGGGGGUUACAUAACAUGCAGAAGAGAAGGAUGGUCACCAAGUGUCCCAUGCCUCAAAAGAUGCCAUUUGUAUGAUGUGGAGAAUGGAUAUUCUCAUUAUUCAGGAAGAUAUCGUUUAGAGGGUCGUUCUGUAGAUGUUCAGUGCAAUCAUGGCUACAGUCUUCCAAAUGGACAUAGCACCAUUACGUGUACAGAGCAUGGCUGGUCCCCUCCUCCCAAAUGCAUCCGUGUCAAAACAUGUUCAAAAUCAGAUACACUUAUUGCAAAUGGAUUUUUUUCUGAAUCUGAGUAUUCAUAUCCAGUAAAUAAACAAACACAAUAUAAGUGUAAAUCAGGAUACAUGACAGCAGAUGGUAAAACAUCAGGAUCUAUUACGUGCUUGGAAAGUGGGUGGUCAACUCAACCCGUAUGCAUCAAUUCUGAAGGAAAAUGUGGGUUCCCUCCACCUAUAGAAAAUGGAGACAUAACUUCAUUCCCAUUACCCACAUAUGCUCAAGGAUCAACAGCUGAGUACCAGUGCCAGGCCUUCUGUGAACUUCAGGGCGACAAACAUAUAACGUGUAGAAAUGGACAGUGGUCAGAAGCACCAAAAUGCUUAGAAGCUUGCGUAGUAUCGGAAGAAAUGAUGGAAAUGCAUAAUAUAAAGUUAAAAUGGAAGUAUGACAAAGGAAUUUAUUCAAAAACAAGUGAUACUGUUGAAUUUACUUGUAAAUGGGGAUAUACGGCAAAGACACCGAGAGCGACUUUUCGAGCAAGAUGUCAGGAAGGGAAGUUGGAGUAUCCCAGUUGUGAAAAAUCAUACUUUGGUUAAAAUGUGCUUAUAUAAUCAAUAUACAUACAUAUCCUCAAUUUUGUAUUAUUAAUCUAGUUUUUGCAAUUUUAUUUUCUAAAUGUUGUCAUUUUAUUCAUAAAUGAGAAUUUGCAUUAAAUAUUAAGUAAAUGAUGUAAUUAUAAUUCGAGAGACCAAUAUCUGACACUAGAAAGCACCAUCUUAAAACUUGGCAAACUGUGAAGCUAUGUGUCCUGUUCCUAAAACAUCCUUGGCAAGAUAUUAGAGGGACUCAUUUUAGUAUCUGCUUCAGUCCAUCACUUUCCUAAGUCUCAAAGUUUUUGACAUAAUGUCUGAAGCUUUCUAAGGCUCCCUGCUUCAGAGGAAAUGGAAAAGAUCUGGUGGUCUCCAUCUUCAAAAUAAUGUUACAUGACUGACAUGUAAAAACCAAACUAAGUCAGGCCCAUGUUAGUAACAAAAUAGAAGC